AUGACCAGUGAAGAGAAACGCCAAAUAGAAAAGACCAAGGGCAGCGGCAACGUCGAAGAGGCGGCGACUGCGCUGGUGGAUGCGGUGAGCGGCAGCGCACGCGGUACCCGUGCGCGCCAGCCAGCUGUGGGAGUAUGCGCGCGACGGCCACAGCGCGCGCGACCUGCGGGCGCACUUGGUGCGGCUGGCAUGUGGGCCGGCUCAGGAAAAAUUCCUAUUGGUGUGCGUGACAACUUAUUAGUGGAAUUAAGUCGUAUGGAGAAAAUGAGUGUGAUCCGAAAGGUGUCUCAUCCGACUUCAUGGGUCAACGCCAUAGUAGUGGCAGCGAAGAAAGACGGCAGCCUGCGCAUAUGUUUAGAUCCGCGUCCACUCAAUCGCGCUAUACGCCGUGCACACUAUCCGCUACCAACAAUAACAGACAUUGCUAUAAAGUUAGAAGGAGCCAAAUAUUUCAGUAAGCUGGAUGCUAGGUCUGGAUUUUGGAUGGUACAAAUAACGGAACAAAGUGCGGACCUGUGUACAUUUGGAACUCCAUUUGGGCGGUAUCAGUUCCUACGCCUACCUUAUGGAAUCAAUUGUGUAUCCGAGGUGUUUCACGCAAAGAUUAGACAAUUACUUGAGGACUUAGAAGGUGUUGACUCGUUCGUAGAUGAUGUUAUUGUGUGGGGAGCCACUAUAGAGGAACAUGAUGAACGUUUAAAGCGACUUCUUGAAAUGGCAAGGAAAGUGGGUAUUAAGUUCAAUAAAGAAAAACGUGAAUUUCGUACAAGGAAGGUCACUUAUUUGGGACAUACGUUCAGUGCCGACGGAAUGCGUGUGGACAGCAAAAAAUUAUGCCAUUAUGGAAAUGCCAACACCUCAGAAUAA